AUGCUGAAGACUUUUGCUCGAAAAGCUUUGACGACUUCGUCCGUUCGGGCUUCUAGCCAGUUGAGGUACGAUGGUCAAGUGGCCAUUAUAACUGGAGCUGGUGCUGGUCUCGGCAAAGAGUACGCUCUCCAGUUCGCUUCUCGAGGUGCAAGCGUGGUCGUCAAUGAUCUUGGUGGUGCCCGUGAUGGUGAUGGUGCGUCCAACUCCGCUGCUGAUGCUGUUGUCGAGCUGAUCAAGUCCAAGGGUGGAAAGGCUGUUGCGAACUACAACUCCGUCACCGAUGGUGACGAACUCGUCAAGACCGCCGUGGAUAGCUUUGGCAAAGUUGAUAUUGUCGUCAACAACGCUGGAAUUUUGCGUGACAGAUCUCUUCUUCGGAUUUCUGAGGACGACUGGAAUGCUAUUAUCGAUGUCCACCUGACAGGCGCUUUUAAAACCUCUCAAGCUGCUUUUGAACAUAUGAAGGCAAACAAGUUCGGACGCUUCAUUUUUACGUCGUCAGCGGCCGGGAUCUACGGAAACUUCGGCCAGGCUAAUUAUUCCGCUGCCAAACUUGGCCUUUAUGGAUUUUCGAACACGAUCGCGAUUGAAGGAGCUAAAUAUAAUAUCACUUCAAACACGAUUGCUCCUCUCGCUGCAUCUCGAUUGACCGAAGACAUUCUCCCUCCAGAUAUUCUUGACAUGCUUAAACCUGAAUACGUCGCUCCACUCGUCCUCUAUCUCUGCCACCAAGACACUUCCAAAACGGGCGGCCUUUUCGAAGUCGGAGGCGGCUGGGCCGGUGAGCUCCGACGAGAACGCGCAAAGGGAGCGGUUUAUGCCAAGAAGGGUGAAGAAAUUACCGUCGAAGGUGUCCAGGCGAACUUUGACGGCAUCACUGACUUUGACGAGCCAACUUAUCCAACUUCGAGCAUGGAGUCAACCAUGGAGAUGGUCGACGCUAUCGUUUCUGCUGAAUAA